GUGCUGUAGGAAGAUGCAUAGCUGCUCCUCGGGCAUGAGGGGGGAUGUGGGUACUUGAGGUGAUAGGACAAGCAUCAGUAACCGGAAGGUGUUGGCAGUCAAAAUUUGGCAGCACUUCACAGCACAAAAUGGCUGAGAACGACGUGGACAACGAGCUCUUGGACUACGAGGAUGACGAGGUGGAGAACCAGGCAGCGGGCGACGCCUCGGAAGCACCCCUCAAGAAGGACGUGAAAGGCUCCUACGUGUCCAUCCACAGCUCGGGCUUCCGAGACUUCCUGCUGAAACCGGAGCUGCUGCGUGCGAUUGUCGACUGUGGCUUCGAGCAUCCCUCUGAAGUGCAACACGAGUGCAUUCCUCAAGCGAUUCUGGGCAUGGAUGUGUUGUGCCAGGCUAAGUCUGGCAUGGGAAAAACAGCGGUGUUUGUCUUGGCCACUCUACAGCAGCUCGAACCUGUCACAGGACAAAUUUCAGUCCUGGUGAUGUGUCACACUCGAGAACUGGCUUUCCAAAUCAGCAAGGAAUACGAGCGGUUCUCAAAGUACAUGCCAAGCGUGAAGGUCGCUGUGUUUUUUGGUGGGCUCUCCAUUAAGAAGGACGAGGAGUUGCUGAAGAAGAAUUGCCCGCACAUUGUGGUGGGCACUCCGGGCAGGAUCCUGGCACUGGCUCGCAACAAGUCCCUGAACCUCAAGCACAUCAAGCACUUCAUCCUGGACGAGUGCGACAAGAUGCUUGAGCAGCUCGACAUGCGUCGAGAUGUCCAGGAAAUCUUUCGCAUGACCCCUCAUGAGAAGCAGGUCAUGAUGUUCAGUGCCACCUUAAGCAAGGAGAUCCGCCCUGUUUGCCGCAAGUUCAUGCAAGACCCGAUGGAGAUCUUUGUGGAUGACGAGACAAAACUCACUCUGCACGGCUUGCAGCAGUACUACGUGAAGCUGAAGGACAACGAGAAGAACCGGAAGCUCUUUGACCUGCUGGACGUGCUGGAGUUCAACCAGGUGGUGAUCUUUGUAAAGUCGGUGCAGCGCUGCAUUGCUCUGGCACAGCUCUUGGUGGAGCAGAACUUCCCUGCCAUAGCCAUCCACAGAGGCAUGCCCCAGGAGGAGAGGUUGUCCCGAUACCAGCAGUUCAAGGACUUCCAACGGCGGAUCCUGGUGGCCACCAAUCUGUUCGGCAGGGGGAUGGACAUCGAGCGGGUGAACAUUGUGUUUAACUACGACAUGCCGGAAGACUCGGACACCUACUUACACAGGGUGGCGAGAGCCGGCCGGUUUGGGACCAAGGGGCUGGCCAUCACCUUCGUGUCAGAUGAGAACGACGCCAAGAUCCUGAACGAUGUGCAGGACCGAUUCGAGGUGAACAUCAGCGAACUGCCUGACGAGAUCGACAUCUCCUCGUACAUUGAGCAGAGCAGAUAGACGCGAGACCACACGUCCAGCUUUUAUCGUCGUGGGUUGAUGAAGCUCGCCAAGUCUGACACUACGGACUACACCAUUUUACAUUGAUGUGCGUUCACCAGCAUUGACAAUGGAAAUGGCUGAAUGUAAAUACCAUGUGUUUAGCCGCACUUGACAACAAGUGACAUGAUUCCGUUACAUAAACGAUUUUUAGAAUUAUUUUCCACCUUCCUUUAUCUGUGGUGAACUGUGUUUGCAUGGAGAUUAUGACUUGCAUUUACACUACAUCAGACCUGCCUGGCGCCGAGUAUUUGAGUAGAAAAUGUGUUCCAGUGAUAACAAUUAAAGAGAAAAAUCCUUGGUACCAGGAA